AUGAAAGUACUCAGUAUUCAGAAAAUCUCAUUUGUAACAUUAUGCCAUUUGAUUAUUACAUUGAUUAUUUUUUACUUAUUAUGUAAAACGAAUGUAGCAACAGCAAUCGCCUGUUAUUCUUGUGUGUCAAUGAACAAAAGUAACCCACCAUGUGAGGAUCCAGUCAGUGCUUAUAUCACAAUUCAACGACCAUGUCGUCAAACGAUACCUGGACAUGAGGGUCUCUUUUAUGCCCACUACUGCUCAAAAAUAAAGGGUAUUCGUCAGAAAGAUGGUUCCAGUUUACUGAUACGGAGAUGUUCCAUGGAUAAACUAACCGAUAUACCAACUCACUGUGGACAAUUCCAAUUAGAUGAUGACUUAUACCACGGAUGCAUUGCGACUUGCUCCAAAGACUGGUGUAAUACUGAUAAUAGAUCUUCAGUUUCUAUCAAGAUGUUAACAUUCUGUUUGCUUGCUUUAUCGUAUACUGUAAUAAUUUAA